AUCUGAGAGAAAGAAAGAAAAAAAAAAGAACAAAGAAACAUUGGCCUGAAUCAGAAGACCAGCUGUUUACUUCUGUCAGUACUUUGAAAUUUUGCACAGUUCCCUGGUCCUGUUCUCAGUUACAGGCGGCAGUGGCUCAGAGGAUAAACCCAAAGGUUGAACCUGCAGACCAAUCACAAAGUAGAAACUGAAAGUACACUGCAGGCUGAUCCUACGGAAGUUAUGGAAAAGACACAGCGCGGAGCCGGGCAGUGAUGAGUGCCGCCCCUCCCGGGAUGGAUGCAAGCCGGCGCGGCGUGGGUGAAAGGAACCAGCUGCAGAGCCUGCCCUGCCCAUCCCCGCUUGUGGCAAUUCCUCGGAAGACCGGAGUCCUGGGAGUGAUUAUGGGUGGUGAGAGCUUGCUCCUGCUGCAGUUGCGGUCAUCAUGAUUGCGCCCGCCUCCUGCAGACCAUGUUCCAUGUUUCUUUUAGGUAUAUCUUUGGACUUCCUCCCUUGAUCCUUGUUCUGUUGCCAGUAACUUCUUCUGAUUGUCACAUUAAAGACAUAGACGGUAAAGCAUUUGAGAACGUUAUAAUCAUCAGCCUCGAUAAAUUGGUCAAAAUAAUAGGAAAUGAUAGUGAUUGUCUGAAUAAUGAAUCAAACUUUUUUAAAAAGCAUUCAUGUGAUGAUACAAAGAAAGCUGCUUUUCUAAAUCGUGCUGCUGGCAAGUUGAAGCAAUUUCAUAACAUGAAUAUCAGUGAGGAUUUCGGAGAUCAUUUAUCAAAAGUUUCAGAAGGUACAUUAGCUCUAGUGAACUGCACCAGCCGUAAGGAAGAAAAAAGUAAAAAGGACAAAAAAAAGAGUGACCCAUGUUUCCUUAAGAGACUAUUAGAAGAGAUAAAAACUUGUUGGAAUAAAAUUUUGAUGGGCAGCACAGAACCAUAAGUCCUGAAGUUCCAUCCUACAAGAGUUAAUUUGCCUUUGUAAUUGGAGUAAGUUGCUGGAUGCAUCCUGGAAAAUGAUGAUUAGAGCAACUGAGAAAUCUACAUUUUCAUACUAGAAGAUGGACAUAAACAAUGGAAAAUUAUUUCCUAGUCAACAACUGUUUCAUAUGUAUGUGAACAUAUAGCAGUCCGUAUAACUGUACAGAUUUUAUAAAACAAUUCACGUAAAGCAUAUUUCGCAAUAAUACUAAUUAAACUUCUUCAAAUAUUUCAGAAAACAUAAAAUCUACAAAGUAUAUAAAGGUUGUAAGAAUACAAAAUUGUAACUGUUUUACUAUAAAGGUAAUUUUAUUGCCCAUUGUACAUCCAGGAACUGGAGCAAGAAUGGAAAUUGCCACCUUCUACAAUUUAGAUAUUUAGAGCUCAUAGUGAUAUGUAGAAAAUAUUCACAAGAAUGAGUCAAAUGCUUUAAAGCAGUAACCAUAAAAACCCAAGAUACUUAAGUGAUAAAACAAGACAUGUAAGUAAAUGUGAAUUAUACCACAGUGCCUUCAGAAAAUGAUAAAGUACUUAAAAUGAAAAUAAAAUUUUUUAAAAAUAGAAGAAAUACAUUCGGUUUAAGAAAUCUAAACAGUAGUAAAGUUUUUUCAUUUAUGUAUAAUAAAACAAGUUUUCAAAUUUGGAAGUGUAUUUUGAGAGAUAAUAUAUGUUAGCCUUUUAAUUAAUGGAUUGUAUAUAUUUAAUUUUGACACAUCUGUAUAUAAAAAUAUUUUCAUACAAUACUAAAAACAAGUUGCCUACUUUGCAUAACAAUUCGUCUUUGACAAUAAAUUA